AAAGAUAAUAACAAAAAAAUGAAAAACUAACAUUAGCAAAUCUUUUUUUUUGGGGGGGGGCAUACACAGUGUGCAAAUCACGAUAAAUAACGGAAGUAACUAUUUCAUAAUACUUGGAUGUUCUUCGUAAUUAUGUAGCACCUUCGUAGAAUCUAAUCUAAUUUUGUCCGACUUACGUUUGCUAAAUUCAAUGGAUAUGAUCUGUAACAACCUGACGAAGUUCAUAUCAGGUGCUUUUAUUUGUUAGCCCGCCAAGUUAUCAGCUGUAGAGAUAACCGGUAAAGCAGUAAAUUACUAUAAUCUUCCUGUUUACAAACAUAUUUAUCUAAGUUUUAUGGCUUAAAAGUCUAAGAUUAUUGGUUAGCUUUAAUGCUUUGAGAUGCACAACAUAAGAAACUUUUAAUAGUUAUUACAUCCUAUAAUGAUUGUUUCUUUUUUAUUUUUAAUUAAUUAUCUUUUAAAAGUUGUCCAAACUAGGAAACUUAAAAGUGCCCAUUCCAAAAAACGUCCAUGUCAUAUUAACGCUAUUCAACUGCUAAAUUGUUUAAACUUUGAAGGAAUAGCUAUCAGAGAUGAUGAUGUGGGUAUUAGAUUUAUGCCCCCUGCUUACAAUCAAAGAUACCAAGCUGUUUAUAAUGUUUUAGUUCAGUUGCAAUCAAUCUACGACAUUAAAAAGAUUGCAGACUUAGGAUGCUCAGAAAUAGCUUUCUUUAUUCAGAUUAAGAGGCUUGAAACUAUAGAGGAAUAUAUUGGAGUGGACAUUGAUGAAGAUACACUUGAUAGAUGUUCAUGUAGAGUUACUCCCCUGAAUUACGAUUACUUAUCAUCAAGAUGUGCACCGUUGACAGUGAGAAUUUUACUUGGGAGUGCUUCAAAGCCUGAUGUGAGAUUGAAAAAUACAAAUGCCGUUGUAGCUAUAGAACUCAUUGAACACUUAUAUCCUCCAGAAUUGGAAGAUCUGCCUUACAACAUUUUUGGUGUUAUUCAACCAGAUGUUGCAAUAUUUACUACACCUAAUGCAGACUUCAAUGUGCUUUUUCCAAGCCUUCUACCAAAUAAAUUUAGACAUCAUGACCAUAAAUUUGAAUGGAGUCGCCAAGAGUUUGAAGAUUGGGGACACAAUCUAACCUUGAGAUAUCCUGGUUAUGAAGUUUGGUUUAAUGGAAUCGGUAAAGGACCGGUUGGAACUGAAGAUCUCGGCUGCUGUUCUCAAAUUGCAGUUUUUAUUAGAAAAGAAGUAAAAGCUGAAAGCAAUGACUUCAAUAUAUACUAUUCGAUUGUUCGUGAAGUGGAAUAUCCUUUUCAAACACGAGAAGAAAAGUUUAACAACAUUUUGGAUUAUGAUGUUCACCAAUUUAUUGACCGAUUUUCUCAAAAAGAUGAGUAUUUAGUUGGAGAACAAUUGGAGAUACCUUUUGUGGAUAUUAUUGAUUUCCUUAGUGUUUCGUGUACAGAAGAUAAGCUGAAGGCAUAUCUGGAAAAAAAUAAUAAACAUGUUGAAUUAAAAAAUAACCGACUUAUAUUAGUUCUGCCUUAUACUUCGGAUGAUGAUGAUAACAAGUCUCUCUCUUCAUUUGAUGAAAUCAUUGAAGAAAUAUGUGAUCAUGAAGAAAGUUGGAUUGUUCGGAACAAUGAUUUUAUUAAUGAUUUUGUGAAUAACGAAGAAAGUUGGAAUUAUGUUUUAAAACAUGUGGAUGAAAUGAAACCUGAUUCAAGUUCCUUCAAUGAUCAGACCGAUGAUGUCAACAAUUUGGCAGAUGAUAUAAGUUUUAUACUGGGAAAUUCUGAAAAAAAUGAACAGAAUAACUCUGUCUUGGAUACGGUUUAUGAUCCGAAACACAUUAGUGUAAAUGAUCUGUUCUUAUCUGAUGAAGAGGACUUAAGAGCUGAUUCUGCUACUCCAGUUGGAGAAAAUCAGGUUCAAUAUUUAAAUGUUGAUAGUAUUCUUCAGCAUUCUGGUUCGACAGGAUCAGGUAAUACUUCUAAAUCAAGUGAUACUCUGGUAGAAAGCUUUUUAUCACCAUUAAAUACAGCCAGAAGCUGUAUGAAUGAUGAAUACAAUAAAAAUGAUACCAAUUCAUCUUCAAAAGGUUCUUUUUCUGAUAAAGAACAAUAUCCAUGUUCAUCUUCAAGUAGUAAAUCAGUUGAAAUUUCCCAAAAUGAAGGUCAAAAAGAAAUCCUUGAAAAUGAAACAAAUGAAAAUAUAGACAUUCCAUUGACCAGUUCAGAGACCCCUAUUAAAGAGCCUAUAGUUGAAGAAGGUAGCAGUAAUUCCAAUGAAGUUCCGUAUGACCAGUCUCUGUCACUUGUAACUAAGAGCCAAUCUUUAGAAAAUGUAAAUAUGUACAAAUGUAAAGACAAACGUUUUAGGUAUAGUUUAAACAUAGAUAAUAAAUUACUUGCCUGUGAUACUACAGUUGUAGAUAUGGAUCUAGAAACGUGCAAGGGAUCAAGUGUACCUAGUCUUACAGAAACUUAUGGUAGUCAUAGUAAAGCUGUGGACAGCGGCUAUCCUAAUUCAACACAAGAUAUGGAACUCGAUCUAACUCCUGAACAGGUGGAUGAAAUCAUUACUGAAACAGAAUCUAGUCUAGAAGAUGAAGAUUCUUCUGCUGAUGAAAGGGUCGAGCCUGUUCAUGUUAACCCUCCUCUUGUGUUUGCCGACAAUGUAGAAAAUGGAGAUGUUGCCAACAAUAACAGGGACGGUGAAGGCAACAAUAUGGAAGGAGGUCAGGUAUUACCAGAGGAAUUAGUUUUUGAGGAUUUAGUAAUAGGUGGUGGAGAAGUGGAAGCUGCAGCGGAUGAGCAUGAAUCAGAUGAUGAUGGACUUUUCCUCUCAGCUUUAGAUGUAUCCAAUGAUACCAUAGUUCCUGAAGAAAUGUCAUCAAAUGAAGAUACUGUUUAUCUCUUUGACUUACCAUCUCCAUCUUCAUUUGGCAGCCUUCAGGUUCUAGAAGCUACUAGUGUCCAAAACCAGAAUCAAUUUCCCUCAUGGCUAUUAAACAUGGAAAUUUGGGAUGAUGACAAUGGGAGUGGUGAUGCAGGCCCUGACAGGGGUGAAGAUAGUAGUGAUCUAGUUGUAGACAGGGAAGGACAAGUGGAUUUUUACCCAGGUGAUGCAAGGGCCGGAGGAGAGCCGACUCUGCCCGAGGAUUAAGUGAUUUUAUGUCAAUAAUAAGAAACUGACAGCAUUCGUUAUGUUUUAUUAUUCAACAUAUCAUUUGUGAAAGAAUUUAUUAUUUAUAUAUCUUUAUAGUUAAGCGAUGCAUUCAGUUUUGAAAAUGCUUUAAAAGUUAGUAUCUCCCAUGUGCCAAUGCUGAAUGAUAGGAAAUAAUGUAAUUAAGACUGAUGUUACCAUAUUAGUCAUCUAAAAUUUUUAUUUUUGUUAUUACUGAGAAUAAAUUUUUAAUGAAACAAGACUUUUCUUUCCUUGAACUUCUAUUUAUUUGGCCAUAAAUUGGUCUCUAAAUAAAAUUAUAU